GACGUCACACUCCGUCCUCCUCCCCCCACCCGAGCUUGUGUUUACGGUGCGAUUUGGCGGGAGAGAGAAACUGACACGCCGCUUUACUUUCGCUUGUAAAGCGCGUGCUAUUCCGAUAGCCGUGUGCGUCAAUGGCGGCGACAGCACCCGCGGCUCCCGCGGAGUCUGAUCUAGACCGGAGCGGAGCUGAGGAUGAGCCCCGAGCGGCCGAACCUGACGAGGACGCAGGCAACGCGCACGGUGGGCCCGCCGCUGGCGCGCAGCAGCAGCACCGACUCGCCAAGUUACCGCUGUCACGCAUCAAAGCCCUGAUGAAAGCCGAUCCGGACGUGAGUCUGGCGAGUCAGGAGUCCGUGUUCAUCAUAGCCAAAGCCACGGAGCUUUUUGUGGAAAUGAUCGCAAAGGAUGCUCUCGUUUAUGCACAACAGGGGAAGAGAAAAACACUUCAACGGAAAGACUUGGACAAUGCUAUUGAAGCAAUAGAUGAAUUUGCAUUUUUGGAAGGUACCCUGGACUGACUGGACCAGUUCAGAUAAAGUUCUGAAAGUCCACUGGUUUACAGUAUGUUGGUUUAAACGCACAGAGACAAGUGUGGAAGAAUGUGUGUAUUUCUUUGUAAUGUUGUUCUUCUUGGGUUUUUUGAAGUUGAGAGAUUUUCCAAGUUGUAAAAUGCCAAUUGUACGUUUCAGUAAGCUAUAUAACUAUGUUUUUUUUUUUUUUUUCAAAUAAAUGGAGGUCUUUAAUAA